AGAAAGAGUCUGCUGAGAGCGAGGGUCAUGGACUUCAUCACCUCCACGGCCACCCUGCCCCUGCUGUUGGGCUGCGUGGGCGUCUUCAGCCUCUGCAAGCUGCUGCAGUGGCUGCGCACGAGAGCCUACGUCCGGAACGCCGUGGUGGUCAUUACCGGUGCCACGUCGGGCCUGGGCCGAGAAUGUGCCAGAGUUUUCCACGCUGCCGGUGCCAAGCUGGUGCUCUGUGGCCGGAACGCCGAGGCCCUGGAGGCGCUCACCCGAGAACUUGCUGCUUCCCGGGCUACUGAGGUGCAGACUCACAAGCCUUACACGGUGACCUUCGACCUCACGGACCCUGGGGCCAUAGUGGGGGCCGCUGCAGAGAUCCUGCAGUGCUUUGGCUAUGUGGAUGUGCUCAUCAACAACGCCGGGAUCAGCUACCGUGGCACCAUUUUGGACACCAGCCUAGACGUGGACAGGAGAGUCAUGGAGACAAACUACUUUGGUCCAGUUGCCCUGACGAAAGCGCUCCUGCCCUCUAUGAUCAGAAGGCGCCAGGGCCACGUUGUCGCCAUCAGCAGUAUCCAGGGCAAAAUCAGCGUUCCCUUCCGAUCCGCGUACGCGGCCUCCAAACACGCGGCCCAGGCCUUCUUCGACUGUCUGCGGGCCGAGGUGGAGCAGCAUGACAUCGAGGUGACCGUCGUCAGCCCCGGAUACAUCCACACCAACCUCUCCCUCAACGCCGUCACGGCCCAUGGGUCCAAGUAUGGAGUGAUGGACAAGACCACGGCCCAGGGCCAAAGCCCCUCACAGGUGGCCCGAGACGUGCUGGCUGCCGUGGGGAAGAAAAAGAAGGACGUGGUCCUGGCCGACGUGGCGCCUUCCCUGGCUGUUUACCUGCGGACUCUGGCUCCCAGCCUCUUCUUUAGCCUCAUGGCCUCCCGGGCCAGGAAGGAGCAGAAAGCCAAGCACUGCUAG